AUGGACAGCCGGCCGGUUGCGACGGCGCCUGGUCCGUAUAAUGGUCCCGGAUCAUAUCCCCCACCACCUUCCGGAGCGCCGCCGGGCGUCUCAGUCGAUCCCUACUCUCGGCCGCCUCAGUCUACCACCCCUACAGCUCCUUACCCAGGACCAAGCUAUGGAGGACCGCCUCUCGGACCGACGAGUGUAGCUCCUGUUGAGCACAUGUCUGGUCCUGCAGCGUACCCAACUUCGCAUUCUCAACAAGCCAGCAUGGUGGAGGGUCCCCGUCCUUCAGCUGCCCUAAACCCUCUUGCCACAACGACGCAAGACCUGAAAACGGUCAAGACAGGUACCCAGUUUGCUCUCCGAGAGUAUCUGUCUCUUCAAAGAAAGAGAGGUCGACUGGACGGCGCCAUGUCACUAGAGUUGGAAGAUCAAAUCAGAGCUCAAGGUCGUGUACUAGUUGGUGACCUCAGGGUCUUGCGGAAGGGGGUAGCGAGCCUGAUUAAGGACGGCGAAAACCACCGCUGGAGAAACUGGCUCAUCGGCGGAGCUGUAGCAACAUUCAUCCCAGCCGUGAAGCGCAUCUUCCGCCGCCCUUCCGAUAAGACGGAGAGCGAUGUCCAGGCGUCCAACAGCACCGAGUACGCAUUCUGGCGCAGCAAGGCGUUAGUCGCCCGCAUCAAGGAUAGCCUCCUAGGCCGCAACAGUUUUGCUAGCAUUGCCUUCUUCGUAUUCGCUGUGCUAUACGUCUUUACCAAUGAGGUUUCUCUGCAGGUGGCCAAGACAGUGUCGAAGCGGUUGAAGCGACUCACUGCCAAGAUUGAGAGGGGAGACUCCGAGGUUGUCGAUCAGGACAUGAAGCUGCUCGAAGGCUGGCGGUGGAGAGUCCUCACGUGGGGACAGUGA